AUGGCAAAAAAAUAUGAGGGACCUGCCAUUGGAAUUGAUCUUGGUACAACAUAUUCAUGUGUUGCUGUAUGGCAGGAACAAAACAACCGAGCUGAGAUAAUUCACAAUGAACAAGGAAACAAAACUACUCCUUCUUUUGUUGCUUUUACUGACUCUCAAAGGUUGAUUGGUGAUGCUGCCAAAAAUCAGGCUGCUUCAAAUCCAGUCAACACUAUCUUUGAUGCAAAGAGGUUGAUUGGAAGGAAAUAUAGUGAUUCUGUUAUUCAAAAUGAUCUGCAGUUAUGGCCAUUUAAGGUUGUUUCUGGAAUUGACGACAACCCUGUGAUUGUUGUUAAUUUCAGAAAUGAAGAAAAGUGCUAUGUUGCCGAGGAAAUUUCAUCGAUGAUUCUUAUGAAGAUGAAGGAGAUAGCUGAUAAGUUUUUGGAGUCAAAGGUUAAAGAUGCAGUAAUCACUGUGCCGGCUUAUUUCAACGACUCUCAGCGAAAAGCCACAAAAGAUGCUGGUGCCAUUGCGGGACUCAAUGUCAUUCGGAUCAUCAAUGAACCUACUGCUGCUGCUCUUGCAUAUGGCCUUCAGAAGAGAGCUAAUUGUGUUGAAGAGAGAAAUAUUUUCGUCUUUGAUCUUGGUGGCGGAACGUUUGAUGUGUCUCUUCUUACGAUCAAGAAUAAUGAAUUUGAUGUUAGGGCUACCGCGGGAGACACUCAUCUUGGAGGAGAGGACUUUGAUAACAGAAUGGUUAACCACUUUGUGAAGGAGUUCAAGAGGAAACAUAAUAAGGACAUAAGUGGGAACUCGAAGGCCCUUAGAAGAUUGAGAACCGCUUGCGAGAGAGCCAAAAGGACACUUUCAUUUGACAGCGAGACCUCAAUAGAUAUAGAUGCUAUAUUUGAAGGUAUUGACUUGUGCUCAUCCAUCACUCGUGCUAAAUUCGAGCAACUCAACAUGAAUCUCUUUGAAAAGUGUAUGGAAACCGUUGAAAGUUGUCUUACUGAUGCUAAAAUCGAUAAGAAAAAUGUAGAUGAUGUUGUUCUUGUUGGUGGUAGUUCUAGGAUUCCGAAAGUGAUGCAGCUAUUGCAAGAAUUUUUCAAUGGAAAGGAGCUAUGUUUGAGCAUCAACCCUGAUGAGGCGGUUGCUUAUGGCGCAGCUGUCCAGGCUGCCUUGCUGAGUGACGGGAUCAAGUCUGUUCCAAACUUAGUGCUACGAGAUGUUAUACCGUUAUCACUUGGGAUAAUGGUCAAAGGAGAUGUCAUGAGUGUAUUGAUUCCGAGAAAUUCUACAAUUCCUGUAAAGAAGAAACAGGUAUACCAUACAUGUGAAGAUGACCAACCCGGUGUCUCUAUCGAUGUUUACGAGGGUGAGAGAAUGGUUGCGAGUGAGAACAACUUGCUUGGUGUAUUUGUACUCAAAGUUCCUCUUGCUCCUCGAGGCCUUCCUGUUACUGUGUGCUUUUCUAUUGACGCUGAUGGUAUACUAAACGUCUCAGCUGAGGAAGAAUCCAGUGGCAAUAAGAAAGAUAUUACAAUAACGAAAGAAAAUGGAAGACUCUCAACUGAAGAAAUCAUGAGAAUGAUAGAGGAAGCUGAGAAGUUCAAGGCAGAAGACAUCAAGUUUAUGAAGAAAGUUAAAGCGAUGAAUGUUUUGGAGGAUUAUCUCUAUAACAUGAGGAAAGUAAUGAAGGAUGUCACUUCCAUGCUUAGCUUAACUGAUAAAAUGAAGAUCAAUGCUGCAAUGGUAAAGGGAAAAAUGUUGAUUGAGGAUAAGAUGGACCGAGAAACAUUUGUUUUUGUGGACUUUCUCAAGGAGCUUGAGAGCAUAUUUGAAUCUGCUUUGAAAAAGAUCAACAAAGCUUACUCUGAUGAUGAAAGUGACUCUGAUUGA